CCGUCUGUUCUGUUGCUGAGGUGCACAUGCGCAUCGGGUGUCACGUCCUGAGUAGUUGUUGCGUCACGACGUUUUGCUGUAGUUCUGGGUGCUACGAAGGCAACAGCUUUCUCGACAGUAAUCGUCUUCUUUGUAUUUAUUAUACAUUUUAUAGAUGUUGGUGCUGAGCGAAUGACAGUCCCCGAAGCUCAGAGAGCCAGUUCAGGUAGAGAAAACCUUUGACUAACCGACACCAUGGAGGUCGUGGACAGUCCUCUGAACCUGGCCCAUCAGCAGUGCAGAAAGGCAGAGCGUUUGGUAGCCGCUGGGAAGCAUGAAGAGGCCAUUUCCUGCCAUGGAAAAGCAGCAGAUCUUCUCACAGAAGCAAUGAAGUCAACAGAAUGUGAGCAGGCUCGUCUGUCCAUGGAACUUCAGCGGGACAACCAUAUCAAACAGCAGCAGCUGAUCCAGGAGCGCUGGAAGAGAGAAGUUCGACGUGAGGCAACGAAGGCAAGAUCUGGCCUCAUGCUGCACCCCAUAACCAAGACUCAGUCUUCUAGCCAGCCCUUAACUCACGGAUCUGCCAGACUCCCUGCAAAACUAAGCGGAGGAGUCGGUGAGCGAGAGUAUGACACCUUACUUUACCAGUUUCAAACUCGGCAGACUGGACCCUGUCAGCCCUUGACUUCACCAUGCCCUGGGUCUAAAACCACAAAGGAUGAUAAAACUCGCCUAGAAGAGCAGCAGACCACCAUCAAGGACCUGCGGCGCCUGGUAGACCACCUGAUGAAUGAAAAUCAGCGGCUUUUAGCUGACAACGAGCGUCUACACCUGGAGAACGCCCGGCUGCAAUCUGAGGCCGCAGACUUUGUGGAGCGUUCAGAGCUCUGGGUCCUCCCACAUGCAGGUGGUGCCAUGGGAACGGGGAGUGGGCAGGAAGGGAAGAACACUGGGAAGAGCAAGGGUAUUGCUAUCCCUCAACUGCCACCAUUGGAAAUGCCAGCUCAGGAGGAUCUGUGCCUGGAUGACCUGCCUCCCCUGGAGCUGCUAGAUGACAUCAAGAACGAACUGCAGGAACUGCUGGAUAGGGAUAAACUGUGACGACCCAAUGAAGUGAAUGCUCAGCCUCACCCACUCACUACCAUCAAGCAAUUACCCUGCAGGCCUGAUGUGGGAUGCUGAUCAUAUUUCUGCUAAAUGUAUAGGACAGACGUGUCAGUUGUGCAGGAGACAGUCCUAACCUAGCAGCUCCACCACACCAAUCACACACAGCAGCAUGUUCAACUGGAUUGGAAAUCAGAUUUUGUUGAUUAUGGGAUUAAAAAUUAAGCACAAUUAUAAAACAAGACUUAAUUCCUUUGAAAUAAUAUUGGUUAAAACAUCAGCAAGAAUAUACACUAACUCACCACACUAUUAACUUACCCAGGCAAUGAUAUAUGCUCCUGUUUGUCAGUGAUGAUCGGAUCAAAUUAACAUAUGGUAAUGCUUUACCGUAUGUUAAUUCCAGCAGGUGGAGAGAACGCAGAAAGAAAGCAAACAACUUCAGGUUACCUUUAUGUUCCCCUCCAUCAUUCUGCAUGAUCUAGGUCCUGCAUUUGAUCUGCUCACUCACACCCCCAACCACCUCACUCCACAAAUUCUGGAGACCAUCUCACACAGAUAAAGAUACAGAGUAAAUGAGCUGCAGUAGAGCACAUUGAUGCUGGUCGCUUAAAAUCAACAUUGCUGCAUUUUUCUAUCAAUGUAGCAGACAAAUUAAAGGUUUUAAUUAUCA